GGACACGAGAAUUUAGCUAGUUGAGCUGUUGUCAGUUUCAGACACAAGAUUUGGCAAUAUUUUGUCAACUGUGUAGCCUGAUAGUUUACAUAAAGUAAAGUUAUAAUAGCCAAGGGUGGAUGAUCAGGUUGGGCAUUUAAUAGUUUUAUUGUGAACUGAAUGCAGGGCUAAUAUUUUAAUGUAUUUAUUUUAGUUCGAGAGAAAAGUUGGAGGAAAUCAUGGUAAUCACAAAAGAAGCCUGGCUGCUAGCAAGAAGCUAACCAUGUUGGAUACUUAUCAUAAAUAUUGAAAUACUGGCUAAUUUAAACUGAAGAGGUAGCUAAAACUACUGAUUGUGAGCUUUGAUACGAUUGCCUGUUGAAGUCGAAGUGUUUUCGGCUGCUUCAUUUUGCACUUGGGGGGGAUGUCGUGCAGAAGUGAAGCGGCUCGGGGGGGCACCCCUUGUCUACAACCACUUCGAGCCACUGUCCCAUUCCAACUUCACAACAAAGCACAACCGCGCUGCAAAGAUUCCAAGACUGGCGACAGGAGCAAGUCUCGCCCCCCAAAGCCGACCAUUCGUCGCACCCUGUCCCUGGAUACAAUUGUUGGACCAUAUCUGCAGGGCCGGUGGCCCAAGGAGGCAGAGAGCCAAGGAGUCACCUGUGUCAAUGACAAGGCCACACAGACUCCCAGCUCCUGGGCAGAGGAGACUCGGGGAAGAAGAAGUGUUGGCGGACACAAACGCUCAGCAUCAUGGGGCAGCGCUGAACACUUGAGGGAUGUGGUUAAGCUCAAGCACCAGCUGCAGAAGCGCUCCCGACACGCCCCUCCCUCUGGGGGAUAUGAGCGUCCCCACCACCCCCUACCUGGAGGCCAUGUGCCAGGCGCUACACAGACAGGGCCCCUGAGCAGGUUGGCCCCUCGGCUGCGGCGCAGUGUGGAAGGUCUGAACCUGGAGCUGGAGGGGGUCUUUGUGUCAGAGACACCUGAGGACCAGCACAAGAUCCUGGAUGUCCCAGAUGGCCACAGGGCCCCAGUUCCUGCCCAGAGGUGCAGCAGUGGUACCCAGAGUGAACCCUCCCCUGCCUCGUUCGACCCUGCAUUGCUCUCUCCAUCUGAGUCUCCCUGUUCCCUGAACCCAGCUCUACUCUCCCCAUCUCAGUCUCCCUGCCCCAUGGGAGAGUCGGACCCUGUGGACUGUGAGACCGUGUGCCCCUCUCCAGUUCUGGACCCCUCCCUGUUGCAGCCCUCCUCCCCUCGUCCCAACAAGACCUACUCCUUCCAGAGGGAGCCCCCUGAAGGCUGUGAGCGAGUACGCGUAGUGUGUGAAGAGGCUAUGUCUCCCUGUCAGAGAGAGCCUCUCCUCCAGGUAUCCUGCCCUGACCCCAACAAGGUGAAUUUCACUCCCCAUGGAGGCUCUGCCUUCUGCCCUGUCAGUCUGCUCAAGCCCUUGCUGCCCUCCAUGGACCUCCUGUUCCGCGGACUGUCAGUCUCGCCUGUCACAGGCUGCUCAGGUCAAGGCUCUGCCCCCUACCAGACAGUUGGGCAUUCGGUUGGGGGCUACAUGAGUGGACCCCUCCAGGACACAACCACCAUGUGACUGUGGAGAUGGGGUUGUUUUCAGACUGAGGAUGGAUUUAUCCUAAUAGAUUCAAUCAAGAUGGCUGCCACCACCUUGUCAGAGACUUAUGACAAGCCUCCAGAUCUAUUCAACUAAGAUCAACAAAAAGAGAGACCUCUACAGUGGGUUCUCUGUGGGAUCAGGUUCAAAUCUGUCAUGUUCUGUCCUGAUUCUCAGAGGGACUUGCUGCUCUGGGUACAUUGAUAGUCACUUGCCCCCUUGGUUAGGGGGGGUAAAUAAGUUGUACAAAUGUUUGUGUGACACUUUUAUUCUACACAACUUGGCCUUGCUCUGAUACCCUUAGAUUUGUUAUAGCUAGAGCUUGGAGUCAGAGAUGUACUAAUUAGUGAUGCCCGGGUUGACUCAUAACCCGCAGUCCCCGCGGUUAUAUCUGUGGGGUGGAUGGGUUUCGAGUCAUUAAAUAUUGUGUGGCAGGUGGCAGGCUGGUUGAAUAAAGAUAAAUAAUACCUUUUAAUAAAUCCAUAAAUGUGUAAUUAUUGUGCAAUUUAUAAAGGCUACAUUGUGGUUCAUCUUUCAUUAUUUUUGGCUAUCUGGUAUUAGUGCAUAAACCUAAUCUGCAGGGCUUAACUGUAGGCAUGCCAAAUAGCCCACACAGCCAAUAGCCAAAUCAUACUUUUGGGAACAGGCAGAAAAAGUUAUCAAUCCACAGAGGCAAAAAGGACAUUGUUUUAAUUCAAUAAGACAAAAGCUACGACAGGAGAGUUGAAGAGAAGGGAGGGCCAGAAAAGUCAUGUUUGGAAACGAUUUGGUGAAGUGGUAAAAGAGGAUGACAGCAGACGGAACUUCAAAUAGGCCUAUGGCAUGUCAAGGGAACUGUGAAAUCUGGGCACUGACUUGUAGGUCUAUAACCUCUCACAUAGCCUUAAUAAUAACUCCUGCAGAAUUAAGCAUUCCUUGCAGUAAAAUCAUACACUAAAUAUAGUGUUAAAUUUGGAACAGGAGUGGAGAAAACGAUUUAUUAAUGCAUCUUGAGAGAAUGCCAUGCUCAGAUACCAUCUGUAGAGGUGCUGUCUUCAUCAUAAAAGCUGAUAGUAUUUCAACCACAACAAAUGCAUCAAAACCAAACUGAAAUUUUAUCAGAAACACGUCGGGUCGUUUUCACAGCUUUUACCCCAUACAGCCGAUGUCAUUUGGACAGAAAAUCUUUCCCUUAAUAUUUUGUUGUUGCGUUAAUGUAUUUUCUCCCCGGUCGGGGCAUGGACUCUUCAAGGUGUUCAAAGCGUUCCUCAAGAAUACUGGCUCAUGUCGGCGCGAAUGAUUCCCACAGGUGUCAAGUUUGCUGGAUGUCCUCUGGGUGGUGGACCCUAUUUGAUACACAAAGGAAACUUUUGGGCGUGAAAAACCCAGCAGAGUUCCAGUUCUUGACACAAACCAGUGCGUCUUGUACCUAACGUUACUACCAUACCCCAUAUGUAUGUGGGCACUCCAAAGAGUAAAUAUGUUAUUCGUACCCUGAUUAUUAAUCUCCCUUUACAAUACCAAUGUAUUCUCAUGAACAUUUGAACUGAAAGUUGAAGAACAAGUUAAUUGGGCCUCAGUCAGUUAUUAAUAGUGCAUGUCUGAAUUGUUCUGACUCUGUCAGUAUAAUAGCUAGCUACAUCUACCAUUUCUAAGUGCUCAACUCAUCAUGGAGAUUUAGCUUAGUAGGCCUUAAUUUUGCAUUAAAAAAUAAUUACAUUCAUAUAGUUUAACAAUAAUCUUUGCUUCAAACAUUUAGGAUUAUGUUCAUUGUUGCCAUCACACAAACCUGUAAGAAAAUACACAUACAGUAUGGAUGCCACAUCAAAUGUGGUAUUGGAAGGCAGCUUCAUCAACACCAUGCAGGAGAUCAUAACUGAACAAAACAUUUGGCUUCCGGAUCACUUCCCCAAAAUAUAGUUCAUGGAACUUUUGUUCACAAUACCUAAGUGCACAUUUGACUUCCAUAUGUCUAUUUAACAUUCCCAUAAGUUAGCAAGGGUCUGCAAAAUGUUUAAAAGGUUUUUAAAAAAUAUAUAAAAGUUGGACAAUGAAUGAAGAUAUUCCAAACAUUUAGAAUGUUUAAUCAAAUCAGAAAUUAAGACAUUUUGGUGGGAAAUCAGUUAUUCAAUUUAUUGCAAAAUGUCUAAAAUUUUUUCUAAUGUAUACAUGAGGUAUACAAAACAUAACAGACUAUCCAGGUGAAAGCCAUGAUCUCUUAUUGAUGUCACUUGUGUACAUGAAGUGUACAUGAAGUGGAGGAGACAGGUUAAAGAAGGAUUUUUAAGCCUUGAUACAUGGAUUGUGUGUGUCCAUUCAGAGGGGGAAUGGACAAGACAAAAGAUGGAUUGCGUGUGUCCAUUCAGAGGGGGAAUGGACAAGACAAAAGAUGGAUUGUGUGUGUCCAUUCAGAGGGGGAAUGGACAAGACAAAAGAUGGAUUGUGUGUGUCCAUUCAGAGGGGGAAUGGACAAGACAAAAGAUGGAUUGCGUGUGUCCAUUCAGAGGGGGAAUGGACAAGACAAAAGAUGGAUUGCGUGUGUCCAUUCAGAGGGGGAAUGGACAAGACAAAAGAUGGAUUGUGUGUGUCCAUUCAGAGGGGGAAUGGACAAGACAAAAGAUGGAUUGUGUGUGUCCAUUCAGAGGGGGAAUGGGCAAGACAAAAGAUGGAUUGUGUGUGUCCAUUAAGAGGGGGAAUGGACAAGACAAAAGAUGGAUUGUGUGUGUCCAUUCAGAGGGGGAAUGGGCAAGACAAAAGAUGGAUUGUGUGUGUCCAUUAAGAGGGGGAAUGGACAAGACAAAAGAUGGAAUGGGGUAUGUCCAUUUGUGAGUCCCAAUGUUUAUCAUGAAUUUGGAUAUUGUCUUUGUAUUCUCUUGUCCCAUUGAUGGGGGUGAAUGUAUUGUUUUUGAAUCUGUCAAGUAAUUGUUCAUUAUGAUAGACAUUUCCCAUAUUUAGGUCCUAGUAGAAUGUUUUUACAGUUGGUUUGUGAGUAUACCUAGUGAGUACUCACUUUGUGACUUGACCUAUCCCUUGCUCAGGUUGAGGCUGAGCAAUGUGUAUGGCAAUAUAGUGGCUGUUCCUAUAUCAGUUUGAAAUGCAUGUUGUGUCAUGCAUGAGCAUGAACCUCUGCUCUCUUCUGACGUAAAGGCACAGUCUGAAUCAUUUGGACAUAGUUGUCUUUUCCCCCAGCUUCGAAUAAGAUUUACCUUGCUGUUUUGUGAUGUAAAAUGACAUUGUAUCACCAAUAUGUAGGUGUUCUUCCAAUACUUACCUGUAAAAUGUAAUGUUUUAAGCAUUGAAGUUGUUUAAACAUGUUUUUAGUUUGACAGUAGACACUAACAUUAAAUGGACAUUAAACCAAUUGUGAAUGGG